AUGCUUCAGUUGUCGACGCUGUCAAGCCGGGCCGGCUACAGCCCUCUCGUUCCCUCUCCUCUCAACCCGCAAGUCCACGCCAUCGCGCCGCAGCGGUACCAGAGACUACGUGAAAAGAGACGCCAGCAGAGCCGUGGGGACGUGAGCCCGACCCAGAGGCUGCUCCGUCACAAGGCCGCCAUGGCCUGGAAGUCGGAGGCUCUGACGCGCGAGAGCACGAUUUACACCCGCGAGGAAAUCCUCGACAUCAUCGCCGAGUGCGACCGUCAAGACGCCGCGGCGAGGGGUAACGCUGCCAUCACCACCACCGCCACCUCCGACGACAACAACAAAUACAAGCAAGCAGAGAAGCAGCAUCCCCAAGUACACAUCCGCGCGGCACAUUGGAAGGAGCACAACGGUGAAGAGUAUGACUUCUUCUGCGAGGCCGACGAGUUCGAUGCCGGUGAUGCAGACGAGGGCUCACUGCAGUGGUCCUCAUUCGUUCCCAGACCAUUCUCCAAAGACACGGCACGCCGCGUUGUGUUGGCAUUCGGACUAAUGUGUAUAUGCGGGUGUCUGCCGGUGCUUCGAGCCAACGGCUUCCACAUCUACCCGGCCACCGAGACGCCAUAG